GAAAUUAAUUGCAGAUGAAGCAUAGAAAAAUGCUCCUGAGGUAUCCGAGUACAGUUUUCUGGAAGGCUCGACGGGCAGCGGCGGCACAAGCGGUGGUUGUGCGUGCGAAGAAAUCUCCCACCCUCUCGAGCGAUCGGCGCGCUUGAUCACUCUGGCUACUCGACCUGUCUCCACCUUGUAGUCUCUCCGCGAUAUACCGGGAGCACUUGUGGUGGCUCAGGUGGCUCUGAGUCAGUUAAAAGCCGGCUUUGCUUCAGCUAGUCAGCCAGUCAAGCGAAGCCAGCCCAGCCAGCCCGUAGAAGAGGACAAUCCUACCGUGUGCACACCGUGCACGUACACGCACCUACGGGUGCACACCGGUCUUAUAAUGGCGUGGCGCGGCGGUGACCGUUUUGGUGCGAUAAAAGUCGAGGGCAGCCUUCGGGUGUUCCUGCGCCGGUUCGAGGAGAGCUGAGGGAAAAAGAAGAGAGAGAGGAACGGGUUCUCUGGUGCCAGUGUGCAGUCUAGUCGAAGACACAGGAUGAUAGCGAACGUCCGAUGAGUAUCCCGCUUCCCGUUGCCCUCCUGCCAGAGAGAAGAAGAAGAGGAAGACAGGAAAGGAGAGAAUAGUCCUCCGUGGAUUAAUCGAACCGCCGCCACCUCCAUUCUUCUCCACCAUCGAGGUGAGAAGAGAUGCCGAAACAAGAAGAACGGAUGUCUGCCAGUCGGGAAUCGCACGGGACUUGCACCGCAACAACGGAGAACAUGUCGUCAAUGAGAAGGAAGAUGAAGACGAAGAUGGUGCCGCCGGACGGCGGAUGGGGCUGGGUGGUCCUCCUCUCCGCCCUCGUGGUCAACUUCCUCAUCCCGGGCACCGUCAAGUCCUUCGGCGUGCUCUUCGUCGAGUUUCUUCACGUCUUCAAGGCGUCCUCCACGGCGGGAUCCUGGAUGCCGGCGCUAUGUUACUUCCUGUAUAGCUCGUUAGGUCCUUUAUCUAGUAUCCUGUCGACCAAGUACUCUUAUAGAACUGUGACCCUCAUCGGCGGCGCCUUCGCGGCCAGCGGGAUGAUGUUGAGUUACUUCGCCAAUUCGGUUACUUACCUUUACGUCAGUUAUGGGCUUAUGGUCGGGAUCGGCGCUGGGUUAUCGUUCCCACCGACAGUUUACAUUGUCACGUCGUACUUUGAGAAACUGCGGGGAGUAGCGAACGGUUUAUGCAUCUCCGGCAGCGCGAUUGGCACCAUAGUACUACCGCCGUUGCUGCAAUACCUGUUGGACACCUUCGGACACAGAGGAGCGGUGCUCAUCAUGGGUGCGAUCACGCUGAACACGCUAGUCUGCGGUCUUCUGUACCAUCCGGUCGAACAGCAUAUGAAAAUCGUACCCCUGGACGAGGGUAUCGAUAACGAAGCGCUGACUCUCGACGAGUCGGCGGACAGAAAGCAAGAGUCGGCCGAGAAAAAGGGGAUUGAUUCGAAAUACGAUCCGAGCGCUCGGGCCGUCCGUCGCGAUGACGGCGAUGACGAGUGCGUGCGCAAGUUCUCGGAGCUUCUGCAUAACGUGGCGCUAGAAACGACCGAUGAGAAGGCGUCUCGCGAGACAUCAUCCGCGAGAAAGUCAAAUCGCCAGAGAAGCGAGCAGAACGCCGGCGCGAUUCUCAGGCUACGGUCGUCCGACGUCAAUCCGAGCCUCCAAACGCAGGAGACGCGGGGAGCGAUCUCACGGGGCAGUGUUCCAAGCGCGAACGAGAUCGGCAUGGCGACUCGCUCGGGGGAGAGCGGCGACGCGGCGUUGAACCUGUCGCGACGAGGCAGCUCCUCCUCCGAAGGCGGCAAGCCGCGGUUCGAGUCUCCGAAGAGCGUCUCGAACGACGCCGGAAGCAAGGAAGAAAUCUGCUACAAGUACGCGGAGGAGCCGAAACAGGACACCUUAAGGUCGAAGGAGAACUCGGAGACGCCCGAGAAGACUCGUUUCUUCGAUCUGAGCGUGCUGAGGGAUCCCAUCUACCUGGUGAUCCUCAUCUCCAAUUCCACGUCGGCCAUCAGCAACACGAACUUCAUGAUCCUGCUGCCGUCGUACGCGAUCGCCGAGGGCUUCGACAAGAACUCGUCGGCGCUGCUGCUGUCCAUAGUCUCCGCGUUGGACCUGAUCGGCAGGAUCGGCGGCGCGUCUCUCUCCGACAUCGACUUUGUGCCGAAAUACUACUACUUCGUCGGCGGUCUUGGCACCAGCGGGAUCGCGCUGGCGCUGCUGCCCAUGGCGACCAGCUAUACGAUGCUGUCGUUUUUCUGCGGCCUCUUCGGUCUCUCGUCGGGGAUGUACAUCGGCAUCACGACGGUGAUCCUGGCGGACAUGCUGGGCACGGAGAAGCUCAGCUCGUCCUACGGGAUAUCGUUGUUCGUCAACGGCGUCCUGCAACUCGUCGGGCCGCCCGUCUGCGGCAUCGUUUACGAGAACGUGCUCUCCUACAAGCCGAUCUUCCUGGCCUUCGGCAUCAUCCUGAUCCUGGGCACCGCGCUCUGGGCAAUCGUGCCGGUCAUCAACAGAAACAACAAAAAGGAUCUAGAAACGAUAUAGCGGCUCGAUCGCAAACUCGUUCUCCGUGAACUGAUUAUAACAAUAAGUUUCAAGUGCGGGUGCAGAGAAGGUCCCAUCUAUCCCCCGGCUCUCACGAACACUGUGGCACGUACGCGCAUCAAGCAACUUGCAAACUGCUUGGUUGCUUAGCCUUAAGUAUUCAUUAUCGAAAGUAAUUUACUGCCAGUAACAAAAUAACACCGUUGCGAAUUAUUAUGUAACGAUCAAUCUCACGAGUGAGGUAAUGCGAAAAAAAUAUCAGUCGGUGGUAGGCAAAAGCGCACGUCGUGCGCGUUCCGUUAGGCGACGACUCAGUACCAAAGUAAUCAGGAAAGUUUCUAGUAGUUGCAACCGCGUUAACACUCACGACUUCGGGCAUACUCUCGGUAUAUUCCGAGUGUAUGCAUCUUAAGUAUAUAGAUAUAAGAGUAUACUGCUAAGCAUGGACGCCCGCGGAGAAGAAUUCAAGGGGAAGCAGAACCUUAAGGUCCCUCCGAAGAUGGGAGACGAGUAGAAAACGAGGAAAAUUUUCAUUCUUGCUUGCGAUUUCGAAUUUUAAUAUUGCAAUUUUUCAAUUCCAGAGGGGGGCAACUGCCCCUCCUUGCCCCGCUCCGGGCGCCCAUGUACCAAGUAUACUUACACCGUUAGGUAGAAAUCACACAACGGCAAUGGAUAUGUAACUAUACUAAACACUGAAUAUCGGAGAUACGUCACGAUAUAUAUAAUAUAUAUACAGGGUGGCCCAUUUUAAUUUA